CUUCACUUCAGUUCUUUGAGUUUCAUCAUUCCAUAACGUCCUUUCCAGCAAAUGGCGGUAUAAACUCAACUGUUUACGGUUUUAUUUGCACAAUAACUACUCAAAACUAAUCAAAACAGUGCGCGAAAUUCGGUUACAAGUGUUUGAAACAUUUACUACAAACUUUCAGUAUGUUUUAGACUUGUUUAUUGUUGUAAAAUUACUUGUAGGCUUGGCGUUGUUUCUACCUGUAUCGGCUACAAAAGUUACUAAAACUAGUUACAAACUAACCAAAUGUUGUUGUUAGUUGUAGGAUUUCAGUAAUUCUAACCCUAAAACUACAAACUAUAGUUAAAACUUGUUGUGGAGUUAGUUACAGAGUGGAAACGAUAAAAUGUAGGAGUGUUUGUUGUGAUGUGUCUAGAUCCUAACCUAGGUCAAUUUUAGUUUUGACUGUGUUUUGAAUAUAAUAACCCUACAAUUCUUGUAAACUAUUGUUAAUUUUACAACAACCAUGAUGGUAAAUUCACCGGACAGUGAUUGUAAACGUCCGUUAGAGAACGGUUUGAACAGUAUAAACGAAGAAAACGGAAAUGCUGGUGAAAAUGAACCCUGUCUACCCAUGAAGAACAAAAGUAAAUCCGUUGAAUCUAUCAACAAAAAAGACUUGACAGACAGCACUGUGAAAUUGAAAGACGACAUGGAAAAAGUGACCUUUACAGAUCCACAACUCAAAAACAGUGUCAAUUCGAACCAAAAACGGAAUCGGUUCAGGAAAUUGAAGAUUUCGACGCCGAAAACGACCGUUUUUGAAAAGAAACUACAGGAGAAGACGGGACUUUCUAGGUUGGGGCUGCUAGUGGCGGGGUUAGUUUUGUUGUUUUUUGUGAUUUUGUUAGUGACAGUGGUCUUGAUGACAAUACUCUGGCCGAGGAUACCACAUGCCUUGCAGUUUCCUGUGUGCAGAAGGGCUGCCUGUCUCAGGGCUUCAUCUGAGAUUUUACCAAAAAUGAACUUCGACGUGCAACCUUGUGAAAACUUCAGAAACUUUAGCUGCGGAUCUUGGAUGAAAACCGAACAAAUUCCGAAAUCCAGAGGAGAGUGGGGUUUGGAACAGAAAUUAAUUUACGACUAUCGAGACCAGAUAAGAAAGCUACUGGCCACUUCGCCGUAUCCCACAAAAUCGACAUCCCUUGCUUGGAAGUUGCACACCCUGUAUAAGUCGUGUAUGUCCAUGGAUAACAUUGAGUCAGAUGACGUUAGACCACUGCAGAAGAUAUUCUCCAAGUUCGGGGGAUGGUUACCCGUGAGAAACUUCUCUCCACACGCCUGGGACACGAAACGCGUUAUGGAGAAAUUGCACGCUGAUUAUGGAGUCGAUGUCUUCUUCAAAAUAUCCGUGGUGGCUGAUGCCAGGGAUGGACAGAGCGAUAUUAUACAGAUCUCACAAGCUCCCCUUGGUUUACCGGACAGAAGUUAUUAUACCCAGAGUGAUUCAUCGCCCGUAAUAGAAGCCUACAAACGUCUGCUAAGAGACGCAGCCGUGGAGAUAGGGGCGACAGACCGCCAUGCCAAAGUAUUUAGCGACGCCAUUUUCUCGUUCGAGAAACGAAUCGUGGAAACCAUGCCUGAGAAAAUCAGUGUUGACCCACUGCAGGAAUACAACAAAAUAUCCCUCGACAAAGUCAAGGUCAUUGCUUCGUCGAUACCGAUCCUGGAAAUCCUACUAGCCAAAUUUCCCAGAGUACAAAUCAACGAAAACACAAAACUUGUGGUACCUUCUGAAGAAUAUUUAGGAAAUAUUUCCUAUCUCAUCUCAUCAACUGACCAUAGUACCCUUAACAACUACAUGAUCUGGAGAUUGGUUGUGAAAUAUCUUCCUUAUCUAUCUGAGAAAUUUCGGCAUCCUUACAAUAUGUUCAGAAAAGAUCUAUAUGGUGAAGUAGAACCUACAGAACGUUGGGAAUUCUGUGUAUCAACUCUUCAGAAGUUCAUGUCGUUUGGAUUAUCGGCCAUGAUUCAGAGAAAAUCACAUUCUUUCCAUCAGGAUUACAAAGUGGUGAAUGACAUGUUUGAAGAAAUAGUACGGAGUGUCAAGAGAAAUAUUGCCAGCUCGGAUCUAGACCAACAUCUGAGAGAACAUCUUCUUGACAAGAUCAACAGCCUAGGUCUGAAAGUCGGCUUUGCAGACAAUAUGGUGCACGAUACCUAUUUGGACACAUUCUAUACGGAACUGAUUAUAACACCGACCGAUUUCUUCCAAAAUAUAAUGUCUGGAGAGGCUUUCUUGCAAGAUUUCGAUAAGAGAAGACUGAAAGCACCUGCUUCUGAAUACAGAUGGAUAAGCACUAUGUCUUCGCCUCACUUGGACGUGCAGUACUUGGUGUCAAGAAAUGAAGUGUUGGUGCCAGUUGCUCGACUAAUGUCUCCGUUCUUCGACCCUGAAUAUCCACUCCCCCUACUAUACGGCACCCUAGGCACUGCCCUAGCACAGGCUAUCCUAUCAUCUCUCUCUCCCUCUAAUCUACACUUCGCAGGAGACGGCACACUGCUCUCUCCCGACCACCCCGCCCUCCCUCCUGCCAUGUUGGCCUCCCAAUCCCCCUUCCAGUGCAUCCAUGCCUGGUUGGCCCGCCAUUCCACCACACAUCAGCUGAGAAACACGACAACACUGGAGGCUAUGUUAGCUGUGGCCGGCAUACGGCAGGCUUAUCAGGCCCUCCAUUCAGCACUGAGUACCUAUCCGCACAUUCACCAACCCGGGUUCGAAUACUAUGAAAAUGAAGCAAUCUUUUUCGUCACAUACGCCCAGUCACUAUGUAUAUUGAAGACCCCUCAACAAAAGGCCAUGGAAUACAUGCUUGGAACUAGAUUGGAUGACUCUCUGUUACUAGAUGCAGUAUUAGCUCAAUCGAAAGAGUUCACAACAGCGUUCUCGUGUCAACCAUCUACAAAACAUUUCUGUGAACAGGCCUGUGAGGACCUUAUCAAACCCAACAUGACAUCUGAAAGUGACGACUCAUCAUUCUUCUCAAAAUUAUUUGGUUGAUUACCGACUUAAUUCCAGGAUAAAACUGCAACAAAUGUCUGAUUUGAAGUUUUCCAAAGUUUUUAAAUAGAAUUGCAUUGAUUUCUACGACAGUGUUAAAGCUGGAUUCUAAUGUGAACGACUUUAUUUUAAUUUGAAAUGGAAAUAGAUUUUAGAUUUGAAAAAGUUCUAAAUUAGAAUACCGUUUUUUUACGACAGUGUGGACGCAUUUAAGCUGGAUUUUAAUGUGAAAGACUUGAAUUUAAUUUGAAAAGGUAACAGAUUUCAGAUUUGAAUUUUGAAAAAGUUCACUAUUAGAAUAUCGUUGGUUCUUAAGGCAAUGUUCACGUAUUUGAGCUGGAUUCUAAUGUGAAAGACUUGAUUUUAAUUUAAAACAAACAGAUUUCAGAUUUGAAAUUGUCCAAAGUUUUAAAAUAGGCAGUGUUCACGUAUUUGAGCUGGAUUCUAAUGUGAAAGACUUGAUUUUAAUUUAAAAAGGAAAAAUAUUUCAGAUUUGAAAUUGUCCAAAGUUUUAAAAUAGAAUACCUUUGUUUCUUGAGGCAGUAUUCACGCAGCUGGAUUCCAUUUUGGAAGACUUGAUUCUAAUUUAAAGCGGAAACAGAUUUCAGAUUUGAAGUUUGAAAAAGUUCUCUAUUAGAAUACCGUUGUUUCUUGAGGCAGUAUUCACGCAGCUGGAUUCCAUUUUGAAAGACCUGAUUCCAAUUUAAGCGGAAACAGGCUUCUGAUUUAAAAUUUGAAAAAGUUCUCGAUUAUAUGGAGAAUUUCUCGAGAAU